GUCUAUAAACUGUAUUCCUCAGAAACCACAGCAAUAUCAGCUGUAGGGGGAAAUUUCACUUUCCUUUUUAAAAAGAAGCUGUCAUGUGACAACUGUUUCCUUCAGCAAAAUAAAGCUUUGAAGUAACCAAAAGCAACUAACAUUCCAUUUUCAUUGGAAACUAAAAUGCUUUUCUCCCUGAAACAAUUUUAGAUGCUAUAAAAUUGAACAUGAUGAACUAGGACAGAGAAUAAGAAUAAUUGAAGUGCUCAGACGAUUGAUGCCCACAAAGCUGUCCUUAACAUUUAAAGUAUGCAGCAGGGGAGGAAUCAGCAUCCCAAAUCAUAUACAGAGACUUGAGUACAACAUAACUCUUAAUCCAGACUUGUAAAGAAACCUUGCACAUUUUGUGUUGGUCUGCUAUGGAAAUGCUGGCUUUUAGCUUCUUAGCAAUGUACUAAAUAACUGCAUUGUACCAAGAGGACAGGUGGAAGCAGAAUGGAGUGAUUUGUUCAUCCUCUGCCAGCUCUCUGUGUUUCCAUGCUGGUUGUGCAGGAAUAAACUGUGCUUCCUUUGUAGCUGGUGCAGAAAUCUAGUAGGCUGGAUGGAGCGAUCCACCACCCCUCUGCCAACUGGAAUUGAUGGCUGGUCCACUUAAGAAUUCAACCUAACAGUGCUGGGCAAUUUUUCAUUCACCAGGACAGGCCAGUGGCACUCAAGGGCCUUUAAGGGUUACGUGUGCUCAUCAUAGCAGCUACCACUGAAUUUUGCCUGUAUUAUCUUUGCUGCUGCAUGGAACAAUGCAUGACUGAGACCUUGAAUCUUUCACCAGAGUCUGGAGUAGUUCCAGUCCAGGAGUAAAUGGAUUACUGUGGAAUGGACUUACUCCCAAAGAAGUACCAAGGACUGCAGCCUGAUUUUCAGACUGACUGUGAAUUUAUCUGUAGAUCUCUAGUUUCUGGGCAACAAAUGAAGAGGCAGCCAAAAGUUUCCUAGUUAUUUAUAGAUGCACCAAACUCAAAGCGAGUCACCAGCUAAGCUCUGUGGAAACUGAGGAAUGCAAUUCUGCCACCAUGAUGGAAGGAUUGAAAAAACGUACAAGGAAGGCCUUUGGAAUACGGAAGAAAGAAAAGGACACUGAUUCCACAGGAUCACCAGACAGGGAUGGAACUCCACCCAGCCCUCAUCCUCAUGAUCCACCCUCCAAUAACAAAGCAGAGUGUGCACAGGAAGGAGGAAAAUCAGUUUCGAAGAGAACCAAUGGUGCUCCAAAUGGGUUUUAUUCAGAGAUUGACUGGGAAAGAUAUAAUUCACCUGAGCUUGAUGAAGAAGGAUACAGCAUCAGACCAGACGAACCAGGCUCUACCAAAGGAAAGCACUUUUAUUCCUCAAGUGAAUCUGAAGAGGAAGAGGAGGCACACAAGAAAUUCAACAUUAAGAUUAAGCCCUUGCAGUCUAAAGAUGUUCUUAAGAGUGCGGCAACCGUUGAUGAACUGAAAGCCUCUAUAGGCAACAUUGCACUUUCGCCAUCUCUAGUGGGUUCAAUUAAAAGGAAUUUAUCUAGUGAAGAGAUAGCAAGGCCCAGGCGUUCAACACCUACUCCAGAACUUCUAAGCAAAAAAGCCCCGGAAGAUCCUGCAGUACUAGCGCCACUAUUUGGUCCACCUCUGGAGUCUGCAUUUGAAGAAGAGAAGUUAGAAGCUCCCAUAGAUCACUCUGAGGUCUGGGGUUCUGUGCAGCCAGCAAGUCCAAGUGUAGAAUCACCGAAUUCAUCACGACCUUUUCCAUCUGGAACACCUCCACCUCUUCCACCUAAGAAUAUUCCAGCUACACCUCCCCGCACUGGUUCUCCUUUAACAGUUGGAGUAGGAAAUGACCAGACAGCAACAGAGGUCAAAAGUGACAAACUACCAUCAAUCAAUGACUUGGAUACCAUUUUUGGCCCAGUAUUAUCCCCCAAGUCUGUUGCUGCUGACGCGGAGGAUAAGUGGAUCAGUUUUUCUGAUCAGUCCCCGGAAAACGUAACUCCAGAGGUGACUUCACGGGAGAAGGUGGUGUCCCCACCUGUGGCAUCAGAAACCCCAGAUGAGCCUCCAGAGGCUGAAACCUCUCGCAGUGUUCCAUCUCCACUCAAUUUAGAAGAGGUUCAGAAGAAAGUUUCUGAGCAGACCCACGUUAAAGAUGAUAACUUAGCACCAGCAGCAUCUCCUAAAGAUUUUGGGGUGGGACAGAGAGCAACACCACCUCCCCCUCCACCGCCUACCUACAGAACAGUGGUGUCAUCACCCGGACCCAGCUCUGGCGGUGGCACAGGAAGCACCAGUGGUUCAUCAUCUCCUGCUCGACCUGCAACCCCGUUGGCAUCCUGCAGCAGCCCUACUCCCCCGCCUCCUCCACCUAGACCCCCAUCUCGUCCAAAAUUGCCUCCAGGGAAGCCUGGAGUUGAUGUGUCCAGACCUUUUAGCCCUCCGGUUCACUCUUCCAGCCCUCCUCCGAUAGCACCUUUAGCACGUGCUGAAAGCACCUCUUCCAUAUCGUCCACCAAUUCCUUGAGUGCAGCUACUACUCCAACAAUUGAAGAUGAUGCUUAUGUUGACAAACUGCUCACGUUUGAAAGGCAUUGUGAAACUCCUGCAGAGAAUGAACAGCCUUCCCUCGUCUGGUUUGACAGAGGAAAGUUUUAUUUGACUUUUGAAGGCUCUUCUAGAGGACCCAGCCCCUUAACCAUGGGUGCACAAGACACUCUUCCUGUAGCUGCAGCUUUCACUGAAACAGUUAAUGCGUACUUCAAAGGAGCAGAUCCUAACAAAUGCAUAGUGAAGAUUACUGGAGAGAUGGUGCUGUCGUUUCCUGCAGGAAUUACUAGACAUUUUGCCAAUAAUCCCGCCCCUGCUGUUCUAACAUUCCGUGUAACAAAUUACAACAGGUUAGAACACGUCUUGCCAAACCCCCAACUGCUUUGCUGUGACAGUACACAAGCUGAUGCCAAUGCAAAGGAAUUCUGGGUAAACAUGCCAAAUUUGAUGACGCAUUUAAAGAAAGUAUCUGAACAGAAACCACAAGCAACGUAUUAUAAUGUGGAUAUGCUUAAAUAUCAGGUAUCAGCCCAGGGUAUUCAGUCUACUCCAUUGAACCUUGCAGUGAACUGGCGGUGUGAGCCUACAAGCACCGAUCUACGCAUUGACUACAAAUAUAAUCUAGAGGCAAUGACUACACCAGUAGCUUUAAACAAUGUGCAGUUCCUUGUUCCCAUAGACGGAGGAGUGACAAAACUUCAAGCUGUGCUUCCACCUGCUAUAUGGAAUGCUGAACAGCAAAAGAUAUUGUGGAGGAUUCCUGAUAUUUCACAAAAAUCAGAGAAUGGAGGUGUGGGCUCUUUGCUGGCACGAUUCCAGUUAUCCGAGGGACCAAGCAAACCUUCCCCCCUGGUUGUGCAAUUCACCAGCGAAGGGACCACUCUGUCCAGUUGCGAUAUUGAACUUGUUGGAGCCGGGUAUCGUUUUUCACUUAUUAAAAAGAGGUUUGCAGCAGGAAAAUACCUGGCAGAUAACUAACAGAAGUUUAUGCAAGUAUGUGGAAAAUCCAUAUAGCUGAGGACUGCUGUGGGUGAACGGGUUUUAUACGCUGUUUGAGGAAAAACUAAAUCCUGUACUUGGGACAUUUCUGUUGGAAGUGUCAGCAACUUUCAACAUUUUCCCUCAGAAAAUGCCAUGUUGACCAGUCCUACAGUAUUUACUUCUAGAUGUAAUAUUGUUAAUGUUUUAAAUUGUAAUUAUUGUAUUUGUAAAUUGUACUCAUUCCAGUAAGGCUGUAUUUUGGCAGUUAGACACUUGAGUUUUAGCAUUUUACCAUUCAUGAAAUGGGUGUAAUUUAAACUGUGGUAUAUAAAUUUAAUAGUAGUACUGUUGAAUGGCGCAAUGCUUUCAGAGGUAGAUAACAUUUUGUCAAUAUAUACAAUCUGAAUACCAUGCUAAUUGCUGUGAGAAAGGGGGUGCCUCAAAAAAGAAAGUUUAACUAAAGACCUGCAAAUUCACUCCAUUUUUCCUUUAGCCCUUAGUAUGUCAUAUAAAUAGUUAUAUGAAUGAACAGGUCUAUCUUCUAAGUAUUUGAUUGAUUUAACUCCAGAACAUUUUCAGUAAAUGUGGUGGUGGUUAUAGCAUACUUCCCCCAAUGACAAAAAUGUAUCUCCACCCACCCACCCACUUUUUCAUUGUAAAAACAAGUUGAUAUUUUUUUAAGGUCUGGAUAUAAGUUAUUGGAUACACUUCCAUUGUGAUGAAGCAUGUGUUGGAAAAGCUUUCAGUUCCUUCCCCUUUGUCUGACAUGAUCAGAUGUGGCGGUAGGGGGCCGUCCACUAGAAACCUCCUCACUAUGCAAGCCCUAUUGAAUUGAAUGAAAGCACAGCCAGGCAGCGAAGCAGUUCCAGUUAUUUUCACUAAGUCUUGCACAGGAGAAGCUUCUGGUGGGUUGGGCUCAAAUAAGCAGUUUAAAACACAAAUGUGAUAACUUUUGACAAAUACGUCUUUAUGUGGGUAUAAAAGAGACUGUGUUUUAUUUCAGCAACAGUUUUUCUUCCAGUUUGGUAGGCAUGCCUGUUUAUUUUUACAAUACCAUAUGCAUGCAGAUUCCUUGCUAAGAAAAUUUACAUUUCCUAGUCAAGAGUCUAAGGUACAAGUGAAGGGAGAAAGAGCUCGAAAGUAAUGUAUUCAUGUGUGUUUUAAUCUGUAUAGGUUUGUGUUGUGGCUUCAUAGUGAGAAACCGUAGCUGCACUAAGUUUGUGUGGCAGAAUUGGUGGCACAAUCAUUAAUUGUACUGGAUUCUCAGUUGCCCUGCAGAUAUUUAACUGCCAGCAUAUUCUGCUUUCUUCAAACAGACGUUUUGGGUUUUAAGCUUCUAAUCAGUUUUGAGGUAUUUCUUAACAUCCAUUGCAAAGGAGAGUGCAGCACUUUUUAAAGAACAAAACUGUCCAGUUCUCUUAUGUUGCUGAAAUGCUUGCUUGAUAUUUAUAGUGUUUUAGUUCUGCUGCAUUUGUUCAUUUGGCAGCUAAGCUUGCAGCCUGUACAGCAGGAGCUAAUGAGAGGGCUCACUGGAGUUGUGCAGAGGGUCAUGAGACUAGUGGAUAGUAUCCAUGCUGCUUUUUUUGUACACACAACUAGUAUUUUUUUACAUUGAGGUCUAAGUAGGUUGGCAUCCAACUGUCUCAUUUGCAUGCGAAAAUGGCUGUGCUUGAGGAACAGCUGUGUCUGCAUUAAAGCAAGCAAACAAAAUCAGAGGCUGUCCUGGUAGGAAAUCCAGUCAUAAAUUAUAUAUCCCUUUGGAAACAAGCAUGGGAAAUAUAUAUCCUAAAGUGGCAGAAGCUGAAAUUUCAUAUAUCAUCAGAAGGGAGAAAAUAACAGAGAAUUUCUUUUAAUAUGAAUCUUGGAUGAGAAACCUGAGGAGCUAAUUUUGAGGAAAAUACGACACACAAUAUAAAAAAUAUAACUACUUUUCUUUGGCCCCACUGGUUUCUCUGUAGCACUGAUGUUGAUUUUGUGAAUUGCUAGAACUCUGUGUGGCUUGAGGUGGAAAACAGUCUUAUAUUGUACUUUGUGUUCCUAAAAGUUGCCAUGUUAGACAUGUGUCUGAUCUUUCUAUGUGAAAGUAAAUGUGGCCUUCUGGUGACAUCAUCAUGAUGCUUAUUACAAAAGCUGGAGUGAGAGAAAGCAAGUUUUUGCCUUGCUCUAAUGGAUGGAGAACUUUGCUUACACUAAUUUUAUUUUCUUCCAACAUGUACAAGUUACCAGGCAGUCACAUAAUUGUGAGCUUUAAAAAAAACCUAUAGCUAAUGUCAUUACUGUCCACAAAAAGUUCACAAAUUCUGAUUUGAAUUAAAAAGCUUUUUUCAUGCAAAUAGCACAUGAUCUGCAUUUGAAAAAUAUUAGUGUGCAAAUUCAUUUUCAGUGCUGGAAAGAAAUUCACCUUCAAAAAAAAUCUAAAACUAGGGAUUUUAAAUCUCUGAGCAGACAGGUAAAUGGAGAGAAAUAUGUUCAAUACAAUUGAAUUUGAUAUGUAUCCAACAUAAAUAUAGCUUAUCCCAAUCUUAGAAAAAAUUCUGCAAACGUUCAAAAACAAAUAAUUUAUAAAUAGAAGAAAAUACCUUUUUAAAAAAAGUUUCUCCAAUUUGCCUUAUUUAGCACUUAAUGUAGCAGUAUUCACAUCUUCCCGCAAAAAGGUCCAACUAAUGGCCAUCAUGCCCUAGCUCUUAAUACGGUUAUUUUUUCCAGCACUUUCUGCCACAUGGUGUGCAAUAUCAACUGCUGGCAACCAUGGAGUGCCAUCCAUAUUCCUCCCUGUAACAACUCAAAAGUCCUGAUCCACCAAUGAUAUUGAAAAAGGGAAUGAAAACAUGUCCUGUCAUUUAAAAAAAAAAGUUAUUCGCCAAGUUUUUGUAGUAAAAGAAGCUCAUGUGCAAGCUUUAUUUGCAUUUCUGUGCAGCACCCACAGUAACCACAGGCUUUAUCAAAAGCUUUUUACUGAAUACUGGUUCUAAGAAGUACAUUUUCAAUUAUUAAAAAUGCAGCCUAUGCAUGACAGCUGUGUUGCACACAUCGUUUGUCUUAUCAGCCCCAAGCACACACUUGUGCAAAGAAAGUUCUAGUGUACCUCUGAAACAGCUUCACCUACAGGGUCAUCUAUAAGUAGUAAGCAUAGCUAUGAUACACAAGGAAUUGAGUAUUAUUAUGGAGGUUACCCAGUUCAGAAAAGAACUAAAAUCUAACUCCUUCAUCUUAGCUUUUCUUGGGUGAAGAAAGAAUUGGGGACUAUCUGAGCCAGUUGUGAUAAGUACAAGUCAUCAGCAGGGAGAGUGAAGAGGAUUCCUGUAUCUGUAGUAACUGCUGAUGGUUUACACUUUCUCAUGCAAGGCAUAUUCAGAAAGGCCUACUGUUUCAUAAAAUAAAACAAGCAGAAUCAAAACACAGCAUGCCUUCCAAGCAAGCUAUUCAAAUGGAAACAGCUUUCUAUAUUGCAUGCAAAAUCUCUGGAAGGGAAACAAUAGGUUUUAAAGGUAUAAGUAGGGCUGAAAUCUUAUGCACACUUACUCAGGAGCAAGUCCCAUUGAAAUAUGUGGAACUGACCUUGCUGUAAAUAUGCAUAGGUUCAGGCUGUAGAGGUUUUCUAAAACUAUAUUAGAAAGUAAAGCAUUAUUUCUAUACAAAGUUGAGAUUACAUUUCUACCAAGUCCAAGUUUAUAAAACAUUAACCUAGUAUCUAGUACUUCAACAGGAUUAAUGAAGCACAUGAGGUGUGUGGUGGUUUUUGUUUUAAUUUGAUACAAUGUGCAAUAUUCAGUAAGCCAACUAAACUUCAAUGGGCCACCUCUUUCUAGAUUUGUUUUGAAUCAAUUUAUUUGAAUGUAAUUUUUUAAAAAAAAAUACAGAAUUCAAACAAGGCUUUACUUUCAUAGCCUAAUGCAUGAAUAGGCACUAUUAACAGUGCAAUCCAAUACACAUCUACUUAGGCCCUCGGUGAGGCUUACUUGCAGGUAGGGGAAUAUAAAAUUACAGCCUAAUUCAUUAUUCUUCGUGGCUUCCAUACUAUAUUUGAAAAUGUCGCUUUCUUUUUAAGCAAAGUGGAAAACAUUCCUGUUAAUUUAUAUAUGCCACACAGUUAACACCUAUAGUUAACUCAUAGUUUAUGCUAUUACCAAAUUGCAGGGCAUUCUUGCCAUUCCACAUUUCGGUUGUUUAGGAUGAUCUUAGUGGCUGUAAACUUUCUCCAGUGCUCAUACUACGUAUUAAAGCAUGUGUCACACCUUUUAAAAAUUGUUCCUUGACCCCCAGUUUGCCUUUGGCAUGAAAACAUCUGAUGGAAAGGGAUGUGUGUUUUACGUUUCUGCAGUCUAGGUUUAAAGAAAAAGUCAGUGCUGUUUUUUACUUAGUUACUUGAUCCUGAUUGACAUGAAGACUUGAGAGUGAGGAUUGAUCCUAUCUGUGCUUCCCGCCCCCAUACGUAGAAUACUACAUGCUGCAUGGAGUGUACAUUUGUAGAGCCAUACAUAUGUAUGACAUACCAGUAGUAUGGGGCACAUGUGACCCUGAGCCUUGCUCUUGUCAGGGACUUAAGUGAACUGGUUCUUAGAAUUGUACUUAGGACAAUCAUAAUAUUUUAGGUGUGUUUUUAAGACCCUAGGCGCAGCAGAUCUGUUGUUUGGUUCUGAUUAUUUAACUGAGCUGAAUACUGUUUUACAGGUAAGCCAAAUCAAGCAUCAUUAGCUAAGGUAUACACAUUUUAAAGGCGAAUGAUGCUACCAAGUGCUUGGAAGUUGAAAUCUUACCUGCUCAGAUAUUUAUUUAUUCAUAUCAUUCAUAAGCCACUUUCCCAAUAAUUGGUCCAAAGUUGCAUACAUAGUUAAAACUAUGUAACAGGCAAAGUUCUAAUUGACUUAAUUGGCAGAAUACACUUAGUUCCAUCGAAGUGGUCAGCUACUAGUUAUAGAAAUGAUAUCUCAGAAGAAAUAUAUAAAAUCGUAACAAAAAUACAACCUAGUUGUCUUUUCUCUCUUUUUACACUUAAAAUUACCAUCCUUAGAAUGCAGUACUGGACAUGUCUGCUCAGAAGUAAGUCAUAUUAUGUUCAGUGCGGCAUGCUGCUAGGUAAGUAGGCAUCGGAUUGCAGCCUAAAAAAAUAUUUAGCAGGCCACUGUAGAAUAAACAUUUUGAGUAACACUCAGGUGCACCAACAUAUCCAACAGUUGGGCAUCCAAGUUGCAUCUCUGAUUGUUGUUGUUUAGUCGUGUCCGACUCUUCGUGACCCCAUGGACCAGAGCACGCCAGGCACUCCUGUCUUCCACUGCCUCCCGCAGUUUGGUCAAACUCAUGCUGCUAGCUUCGAGAACACUGUCCAACCAUCUCGUCCUCUGUCGUCCCCUUCUCCUUGUGCCCUCCAUCUUUCCCAACAUCAGGGUCUUUUCCAGGGAGUCUUCUCUUCUCGUGAGGGGCCAAAGUACUGGAGCCUCAGCUUCACGAUCUGUCCUUCCAGUGAGCACUCAGGACUGAUUUCCUUAAGAAUGGAGAGGUUUGAUCUUCUUGCAGUCCAUGGGACUCUCAAGAGUCUCCUCCAGCACCCUAAUUCAAAAGCAUCAAUUCUUUGGCAAUCAGCCUUCUUUAUGGUCCAGCUCUCACUUCCAUACAUCACUACUGGGAAAACCAUAGCUUUAACUAUACGGACCUUUGUUGGCAAGGUGAUGUCUCUGCUUUUUAGGAUGCUGUCUAGGUUUGUCAUUGCUUUUCUCCCAAGAAGCAGGCGUCUUUUAAUUUCAUGACUGCUGUCAUCAUCUGCAGUGAUCAUGGAGCCCAAGAAAGUAAAAUCUCUCACUGCCUCCAUUUCUUCCCCUUCUAUUUGCCAGGAGGUGAUGGGCCCAAUGGCCAUGAUCAGCUUGAAUAUCAUCACUUCCACUGGCCUUGUUAGUAGCAGUGCUUUCUAAGGCCCAUUUGACUUUACUCUCCAGGAUGUCUGGCUCGAGGUCAGCAACCACACUACCUGGGGUGUACGAGACAUCCAUAUCUUUCUGGUAUAAUUCCUCUGUGUAUUCUUGCCACCUCUUCUUGAUGUCUUCUGCUUCUGUUAGGUCCUUACUACUUUUGUUCUUUAUUAUGGUAAUCUUUGUACGAAAUGUUCAUGUCUCCAAUUUUCUUGAACAGAUCUCUGGUUCUUCCCAUUGUAUUGUUUUCCUCUAUUUCUUUGCAUUGCUCGUUUAAGAAGGCCUUCUUGUCUCUCCUUGCUAUUUUUUUGGAAAUCUGCAUUCCAUUUCCUGUAUCUUUCACUAUUUUCCUCGCAUUUUGCUAGCCUUUCCCCCCGCUAUUUGUAAGGCCUCGUUGGACAGCCACUUUGCUUUCUUGCAUUUCCUUUUCAUUGGGAUGGUUUUUGUUGCUGCCUCCUGUAUAAUGUUACGAGCCUCCAUCCAUAGGCACUCUGUCCACCAAAUCUAAAUCCUUAAACCUCACUUCCACUGUGUAUUCAUAAGGGAUUUGAUUUAGAUUGUAUCUUACCAGCCCAGUGGUUUUUCCUAUUUUCUUCAGUUUAAGCUUGAAUUUUGCUAUAAGAAACUGAUGAUCUGAGCCACAGUCAGCUCCAGGUCUUGUUUUUGCUGACUGUAUAGAGCAUCUCUGAUACUCAUCCUCUUUUUACCUUCUACUGUAUGUGAUAAAGAAAAAUCAGGCCUGAAACUGUUAAAAUGGGAAAGAACCAUUGUGCUUAGAUGUUUGUUUGAACAUAUGAAAGCCAUUGCAACAAUGGGUUGUAUUCAGUGCUGCCAUUCCACAUGUGUAAGACUUCUACUUGCACAACAGAACUUCCCACCACCACAGUCACCACCACCACCACCACCACCCAGCUGCCUCUACGCCCUCAAAAUCUGCUCGAGUGUUGGGGACUCCAAAGCAGAUUUGGGAGGCAUGCAGGGAGAGAAGAGAGAAGUCCUGUUGUGUGAGCAGAACUCCACUCACACAAUGACCGCAGUCUAAAUCAUGACAUGGACUUCUAAACUUACCUUUGGGAAGCUGCUCUUAUGUGGCCCUAAGUAAGCUACUCUUGAAGUCUAGGAAGACCCUUCCUAAGUGGGACUCCCAAGCAUUCUGCUGGUAACAGCAAAAAUCCUAAAGAAAAGCUGAUAUAAACACACUAACUUUUGCAUGUACCUAACAGGGUUCUUUUGCUAUGGAUCAAUCAACCCUAUUGUUAAUCGUCAACAAGCUGCAAACAAAGAGAGCCACUCUUGACUGACCCUAGUGCAAGUAUACUGAUUUUGCUUUCUGAACUUCUUCUGGUUGCAAGAGUUAACAUGAACAAUCACUACUUUUAUCUUUUAUAGGAGUAAUUUUGAAAUGGCUGAAUCAUGUUGAAAGGGAUCAAUAUUUUUAAAGAGCCUGACACAAUUGAAAUAAUUCUUUUACUUAAAGAUUUAGAGUAAUUGUAGUGACAGCUCCUCUGUCCUCUAAUUCUUGUUCUUCAAUUUUUUACCUUUACCAUAGCUAAAUAGGAAAGACUCCUCUCUGUGUACAACUUUAUUAGAAGUUACAGGAUACCUCUGCAUAUAUAGAGCACUCUGGAAAAAGUUGUACAUUGUUUUUUAACUAAACAAGUAAUGUUAUCUCAUUCAUGUUUGACAUCUACUUAGGUGCCGAGUCAGUUCAGUAUCACUGCAGUGUAGAUGUAUUUAGUUGGGGUUUUUU